AUGGUCUCGUCCAUCGCUUGGAAGAAUGAAUGUGCUGUCCCAGAUACUCCUACGGCACCUGGCACCAAUGACUUGGUUCUUGCAGAUAUGGCUCUGCCUUUGGACAUCCUUCAAUUUUCGAUGGAUGUAGCUGCCGAGGUUUGGUUUUAUUGCAGCGACCCGGAUCCUACCAUUGCGAAGCUGGGCCUCGUCGCGACCAAAACAUGA